AAUCUGAAUAACAAAAGACUUGCGUCCUCCUUUAUCUUUCUCACCUUCGCAAUCAUUAAAGUACAUGGCAAUCUUAAAUGUGUAAUUAAGAAAUAAAGAAACAAGGGGAGACAGACAACAGAAAACGAAAACCAGAAAACAGAUUCAUCUUCUUCCUUUCUUUGGUCCCAAAAUAUAAAAAGGGAAACUUUUAUAGAAGAAGAAGAAGCAACAAGGGAAAGAUUGAAUGGCAAGAACCAACAACAACAAAUACAACUACAGCCACAUCCUCCAAAGAGAUCCUUCUUCCUCCCCUGCUUCUUAUUCCUCCGUUACUCGUUCCAAUGGCCGUAUGCUCGUCCUCACCAAACCUUCCCCCAAGCCCUUAAAAUCUUCCUCCGCAGCAACCGCCACUACGCCUCCUCCACCAUCUCCAGCUCCCACCAAGACUCCGGAUCAAACCAUCUCUGAUCCAGAUCCGAAUCAGAUCUCUCUCCGUCCUUUAGGACAUACGGGACCAGCUUCCUCGCUUUCUUUUCCAGCUCGGACCCCAGAAUCUGAGAAACACGUAGCUCCUCCGGCUCCGAUGUCCGUUUCUCCGAAACCUCACAAGUUCGUUCCUCCUCAUCUUAGGCCAGGGUUUGUCCGAAAAGACGAGAAACCUGGUCUCGACUCUUCCCGAGUUAUAGAUCCGAGUCAGAGAUUGCCUCACCAGGAACAACCGCGGCAGGGGUAUCUCGGGCAUGGACAGACCGGGCGACCCAAAUCGGGCGGGUAUGAGAGGAUUCGAUCCGAUCCAGAAUACUUGGGUCGACCAAGAUCCAGCGGGAAACGCCCCGGCACCUCCGGAUGAUGAUGAGCUUGCUGGGUUCAUGUCCAGUUACUCACUCGAUGAUGGAGAUGGAAACUACUACCCCUGUGUUCCGUGUUAACAUCCCAUUCUCAAGUAGGGGGAUUAAGACAGUCACUUUUAGUUCUUUUGAUCAUACGGUAGAUUAUCAAGACCACCCAAGAUUCAGUAGAUUUGUAGAAUAUGUUGUUUGGGAGGCUGGUUCAAAACUUUGUUUGUGUACCUAUAAUUCUAUCUAGUACAUGUUUAUUACUAGUAUUUUAAUCCAUAAACUCUAUAUUAUAUACAGAUUAAAAAUGUUUUGUUUUUCUUCA